AUGAUUUCCAAGUUUGUUCUUGCAGCAACACUGCUCCUCAAUGGAGCACUUGUUGUCGCCACGCCCCUGACUAACAACCCCUUGACCUCUCGCGGCAUCGGUGAUGCCUGCAAAGGCGCCGCUGGUGAUGGUUCCUGUAAAAACGUACCCGACUGCCAGGGCAUCUCUUACACUGAAGCCCUCUGCCCCAACGACCCAUCCAAUGUAAUGUGCUGCGUCGAAAACAAGUGCAACGCCGGAGGCAAAGACGGCAUGUGCCGGAGCAAGGCUCAAGGCUGCCCCGGAGGCAACUUUGCAGACGGCGGCUCGUGCCCCGGAGGCGGUGAUGCUGCUUGCUGCGUUCCCGACCCUGGCAUGUCCCAAACUGUUCCCCAGAAGAUUCUCGCUCAGGCUCAAACUGCUGCUGGUCUUCCCUACGCCUGGGGCGGCGGUAGCUGCGCCGGACCUACUCAUGAUAACCCUCCCUGGCAGAACGGCGAGGUUGGCUUCGACUGCUCUGGUCUCGUCUGCUGGGCCGUCUGCAAGGUCACUGGACGUGAUCUCUUCACCGAGGGUCUCAGGAACACGCGCGCCAUGUACUGCGCCGACGAGGCUAAGCUCAAGUACAAGAAGGUGCCGCUUGCAGAGCGACAGGCCGGUGAUGCCAUCUUCUUUGGAGGAGCGUGCGACUGCGGCUCGAGCAGCUCAAUCCAUCACGUCGGUUUGAUGAUGGAUAACAAUGACCGAUUCUUCAACGCACCCAACGAUGACAUCAACAAGGUUCUGGAGUCGUCUGUAUCUGGUUUUGGAGAGCAGCCUUGCCCAUUUGUCAUUCGCUUUGCGUAG